AUGCUCACUUUUCCCAUCCCUUACGCUCUCCACAUCCCAUCUCGUUUCACUAUCCACUUCCUUCGUCCUCAUACUAUCAUCCUACCUCUCAUAGAACAAAUCGUCUCAUCUCGCCCUUUCAUAUAUCUCCACUCUACUCUACCAGACUUUCCAACCAGGAGACAUCUAAUUCUCCAAUCUUGCCAUCCCCACGUCUACCCUCCGCCUUACCUCACCUCCGAUAGUACGUGCGUCUCACCCCCCCCCUCCCUAUCACCCAACCACAGCACAAAAGUACGUCACGAGAAGCUUCGCAGUUCUCUCCCUUUCCUCUCGAACUCCCUGAACUGUCUCCACCCUCCCGUCACCUCACUACUGCCGUUCACGCCUACUCCUCCUCACUGCUCGUGUAUCGACGAAUGCAUUCGACUGCUUCCCCAUCAUUUGUUCCUCACUGCCGUCUCGCUGUCUCCCCAAGCCCAGCCAGUAGGCCAAGAUAUGCCUCACGCUCCCUCAGCGUCAUGUUACCUCCUGCCUCGGUCCCAAUCAUGUCACUUCCCUAAUCGACGCUCACCCUCUUCAGGCCACAUAUUCCUGCUCCUCUUCAUCCUCCCCUCAUCUUCGAGUUCAACUUUCUACGUAACAUCGCACAAGAAGGAUCACAUUCUCAUUACUAAUUCUCGACCCUCAUUGGAGGAAAGCAAAACCACAACCGCCUCAGUCAAUUCUAGGCACCCCUCACAUGGGCUCCAAUUUCGCGCACUCCUUACUCUCCUCACAACACUCAAAAGGGAUACUCCCUACGUUAUCACUCAAUCUCAGCAUCUGCACAUAGUCCAAGCCCAAUCCCGCAACUCCUCUCUCUCAUCCCCACGCACUUCAUCCACUACACCCACCUCUACUCUCCCGCCCAUUUUCCCUUCUCCGUCCCCGACUCCCCGCCCACCUAUGGCCUCAGACGUCCAACCCGCGCCACUCUCACCCCCACUCACCCCCCCACCCGCCUCACCUCCACGACACUCUUCCCCCGUCCAGCCCCUCACAACUCCGAACGCAUACGCUCCAUACCCCCCCUCAACCCCUCAGCCCCAAGCACUCCCCCAUCCGCGUCCUUCACUCUCGAACUCCCCUCCCAACAAUCCACCUCCUCGGCCAGCUCCCAUUCCCGCAUCUCCCAUUUCCUCACUCCCUCCCCUCCGUAAAUUUCCAGUCACUCAUUCGUCCCAAGAUUACAACACUAAGUUCCGCAGAACCCAAAUCUCCACGACGGAACACCCCACUGGGCUGCACAAACUCACACACGACCUAAACCAAACCACAACCACCCCCCACACACCUCCCAACACACUCCGCUCCCCGCCUCUUCUGAUACUACUGGUCCGCCAGCCGCAACACCUGUUACUGGAUCACCACACACAACCCCCACCCUCAGCUACCUCGUCCCACGAGGUCCCCGACCCUGACGUCUCUGUCAGUGUCGCUAUCGUCAAUCCUCAAGUCUUCUCUCAUCUCACUCAAACGGAGACGACCGGUCUCGUCCUCACGUGUCACUACCAUCAUCACACCCAAAUCUACCCCUCAACCACAAUCUCAGACUCACAUACCAUGGUCACCGGGUUCUCAACGCCAUGGAGUGCCUCUCAAGGGUCCAACCAAGACCCAACUCACUCCACUCUCCAUUCCAGCGCCAUACCACCUCUCCACUCUCUCUCCACACUACUCUCUCUCACCAAAGCGGCAGACCAGACCUCACCCCCCCCUUCCCCGAUCCACUCGCCUCUCUCAGAUCCCACAUCACUCGGGCCCACGUCCAAUCACCUGUCUAAUCAAUCCUAUAUCCUAUCAGUCACACCUUCGGAGCACGACUCUUCAACAUCUCUUCUACCAUCACGAAGUCCCCGUACUGCUCUCGCUCUACCAUCAUCCCGCUUCGUCGAGUCUCAACCUCCACUCCCCAAUGCCUCCGUCGUAGUGAUUUCCUUGCAAGCUCCCCCCAUCUCAGCCCAGCCCCUCAACACUCACCCCCACCCCUUCAUGCUCCCCUCACACGGUCCACGAAACACAUUCUACACCUACAACUCCGCACCGGCAUCCGGUCUCUCAACGCCAAAUUCGACCGAGUCGGGCUCACAGAUCGAUCGCUACGGUGAAGAUCCCUACUCCUUUUCCGACAUCACCUAUCUCUCUGUCCUCAUCCCCUCUCUUUCCAAUACUCUCAUCGGAUGGGUGAGGGGGGGGGGGGUCCCUCCUCGAGUUUCUCUACCACCGACCAAUCUGUCAUCUACACGGGCAAUCCUCCAAAAAACAACAGCGUACCUCCCUAAAAUCUCCCACCCAAAGCUCUUGAAUUCUCCUACUCGGUCUCCUCACUACAGAUACGUCCCUCACUCCCUUCUCGUCAAUCUACUGAAUACUACAAUUCAAGUAACAUCUCUCGUCUAUGAAUUAGAAGAAAACUGCAAUUAUCAAAUUCUGCUCACACAUCUCACCUCUCUCAAGCCAACCAAACUCUCUCACCACUACUCUCCUCCAUCUCGUAUCAUCCUCUGCCCCCUCUUGUUACGGGCGCUCCCAAACACACACUCGCUCCUACUACACGCCGGGCCCCACCCCCGUAUACCGACACCGACAGCAACAAGCGCACAGACCGUCUAUCUCAUCUCCAUCCAUGACGUGGGUUGGUGGGGCGGUGUCUCUGCCACUCCGUGCUCCCCAUUCUCACUCGCUCCCAUCGUCGCCCCCUCUAUCCCUCUCAGUCAUCCCCAUCCCACUCCUCACUCAUCAUACCAUUACUCCUCUGCCGCCCGCCACUUAUCCUCUCCUCUCUCGUUUCGCGUCUCUCCAUUACCCACGCUCCGGACACAACGAUCACUCACGCUCUUCUCACCUCUGUCCCACCGUCUAUUCCGCAGACCAUUACCUCACGGAUACGCCAGCCGCCCCGUGGGGGCGUCCUGCCACUCCCGCCUCUCCCCCUCCUCCGCCCUACGGACCGAGGGCAUCGCCAACACCCUCCCCCUGUUCUAUCACCAAACACCUCGGCAGCCCAUCCUCUCGCCCCCCGACGUGACUCCCCACUCUCUACGCCCACCGCUCGCAUUCCUCUCCCAUGACCCCUCCACCUGCUGCCCUUCCGUCAAUCCGCUCUCUCGCCGUCCCCGCAUAACCCCCGCUCCAUCCCACCGCCACCCCCUACCCCCAUCCACCUGUCGUCACCCCGCAACUCCUACACUCCCUCACCACAGCAGCAACACCACUCACGGAAAGCUAGCCCUCACGCCACCCCCACCGGUCUCUGGACACACCCGACGCCACCUGGCCCUGAUCACGUUCAGCCACUACCUGGUGACACGUACAGACCAGCGGUCUGCCGUGGACCUUACUUCAUCUCCGUCUCCUCUCUUCAUCCCUGGCCCGGCACGCUCUGCCCCACCGCACUACAAUCUUUCCCGCCUCACUCUCACGUCUCACCCGUCCCUCCAAGCUGUCCCCGCUACCGAUCUCCUCGCGUUUCUCGCUCGCUCCCUCAUCCUCACCACUCCGCGGGCUAUACCAACUCCUUCUCCUCCCUGGUACCCCGCCGGUCUCCACCGAGGACUCCACCCACUCCACGCCGCCAGCGCUCGACGACCAGAUCCACUCCCGACCACCCUGAUCUACACCCUCCACCCGACCCUACCCGCCACCACCACCACGCGUCUGGCGUCGGCCACUAAACUCGACCCACACCACCCCCCUUCCACCCCCCGUACCACUCACCACGCCACGGCUCUCUUCUCAACGCAGCACACUCACCGCAAGUGUAAUUAUGACGUUCUUUACUCUCACCGGCGACGUCCCCUCCCUGCCCCUCGCAACACUCACCCCUGUACCCUCCACCAUCCUCGCCCCCCACCCGUACUCUUCACGACGCAUCACUCUUCUGACUCGGGCAACAUCCGAUCGCACCGCCUCGCGCUCCUCACCUCGACUCCUUCUCCUUCCGUCUUCCGUCCCUUCUCUCCUCUUCUCCCGCUUUUUCCUUCCCUCCGCGCUCCCACCCUGAUCCACCUCCCUCCCGAUCCCUUUACUACGCUCUUCCCCACGGGCCUCGCGACGGGCUCCGCGAGCUCCACCUUCCUGCACGGGCUAUCGGGCCCCUUUCUCACCCGCCCGUCUCGGGACUCGCGUCUACCUCCUCGCCUACCGCACACGCCGCUCGGGUCGAGCGCACACACACCCCCAUCUCUCGCUCGACGUAAGACCAUGUCACUCCACACCGACACGUCAUUGCACACCCCUACACCCUGGAACCGGACGCGCACGAUCGCCCGCUCUGCCCCGGCAUCUCGCAAUAAUCCACCAGAUCCGAAGCGCAGCCUCACCCACCCCCCAAUCCCAGCCGCCACCCCCUACCAUUUAAGUGCGGUCCGCUACCCAUCACCCCACCCGCCGUCCCACCCCCGCACUCGCAUACCGAUGCACAACGGUAGCACGAGCUUCCCGACCAAACGCCUCAGCGCGCACCCCGACGUACUAAACACCGCACCUGACGCACACUCCACCACCGCGCAGACUACGCCACCACCACCCACCCCUCCACAGCGCUGCCACAGCAAGACCUCACGCAUCCGGCCUCGCCGGACUGGCCCUCCCCGAUUGCCACUCCCGCUCCGUCCAGCAUCACAGUUUACACUCUGUCACAACCCCUGGGAUUACAGACACGUCGAUUUGCGACUCUACGUCUCGCCAUCUCUCCUCUCCGCCUCAUCGCACGCUUCACUCCUCCUCCGUUGCACUUCUCCCAACGACCCUCCUCCACUCACUCCUACCCAUCCCCCACCAAGCUCACGCCCCCAAAACCCCUACGCUCUCAGAACACCCGAUCAACAGACACUCGACGACUCACACUCCUCCUCGGUCCACAACCCACACGACUCCAAUGAUUGGGUCACGACCACCCUACUACUUGUGAACCCUCCACCGUCAGACUCCCACUCUACUCCUACGUGGGGAGCUCCGAUAUCUCUCAAACACACUCUCCUAUGCUAG